AGUCGUGUUUAGUUAUCACAGAGCGCGCGCGUCAGCUAUGCGCACUCGCUGUGCGCCCUGACAUGUUACCAUUUAUAACGCUUGGAGAGAGUUUCUUAUGUUUAGUGAUAGUGUUAACGAACCAUCAUGACUCAGGAAGAAAUAUACACUCGUCUGGAUGAAGACCUUCAUAUCUCUUCUUCAGAUAAUAUCGAUGAUGACGAUGUUGUUAUUAGAAGACAGAAGAAGCGAACCGUCAGGGACAUGAUCCUUCGUUUUGAGCAGACUUCAUCAAACAGCCACCAUUCGUCUACCGAAUCCCUAGAAAGGUCUAAGGAUUCGCUGCACGGAAGUUUGUCUAGUGUUGUGAACCCACUCCAAAUGCAUUUUCAACACCUAUGCCCAGUGACGAGAUCUCAAGAUAGGAACUCUAAUAUAUCAGUUAAUUCUGUACUAUCUAAUGUGUCAGUGAACAGUUUUGAAUCCAGCUCUUCCGGUUUCAUUUCCGAUAGAAAGUCAGGUCGAGAAAGCCUCGUACCGCAUAGACAAGCACCACCACCCCCUGAACCUUUUAAUGAUAGUUGCUCCUCUUCAGAAAGCAAAUCGCCUGUGCCGCAAGAUGUCGGUCACGUUGAAAGACGAUACUCUUUUACUACACCAAACACUUCCCCCAAAAGCAACAGGCGCACUCGAAAACCACCAGUAAUAAGAAAAAAGUCUAAUGCCAGCAAUUUGAAUUCUGGUGAAGCACACUGGUCUUAUGGUGUAAGACAAAGCGAUUUAGAAAAAUUGCUUAGACUUAAAAGAUCAGAAGUAUCAGAUUGUGAAGACGAGAGUAAAAGUAUUAGUGCUAGAUCAGGAAACGGGAGUAUUACGAGCAGUAGUAGUUCAGAAAGUAGUGAUAGAGGUAAAGAAUAUAUACUUAACAAUGAAGACGAUGGUAGAACGGAUACGCUUUCAGGGGAUCAUUCCACGGACACUUUAAUAAAUGAAGAAGAAAAUAGUGAGAGGGACGAUUUAUCUGUUGCAUCAGGUGAAUCUGGUGCCCAAAGUAAUUAUGACAAUGUUAGUAUUAAGUCUAUUUCGUCGUUAGACAUGGUGCCGUAUCAAAAAUAUGAUAGCAUCACCGUUUCAUCAGACGAAUUCGGUUCAGAAGUGUGCCAUGCUCCUGACACUGAGUUCUUGACUGUUAGUGCAGUGAAUGAGUGGUGUGUUACUAGGUCUGUGGCGCCAACAUUAUUGCCAGUGGAAUCUAAAAAGGAAAAAUAUCGCAGACGACUAACGGAACGUGUCAACGAGCUGGUGCACACCGAGAACGUAUACGUGGAGAGGCUAAGGCACGUAAUAGAGAACUACAUGCCGGAGAUGCACCGGCAGGACCUGCCCACGCCCCUGUGCGGCAUGAAGUGGGUCAUCUUCUGCAACCUUGAGGACAUAUAUGGCUUCCACUCGAAGGAGUUCCUGCCGGCGUUGCGGGAGUGCGAGAACGACCUCAGAAAGCUGGGGCAGUGUUUUAGGAAUUUUGAACCGAGGUUCAACAUGUAUGUAAUGUACUCUAGAAAUAAUAAAAGAGCAACGAGACUAGUGUACGAAAACAAGCAAUUCUUUCAGGAGAAGCAACUAGAACUAGGCGAGAGAUUAGAUCUCUCGAGUUACCUAUUAGAACCAAUACAAAGGAUUCCGAGGUAUAAACUGUUCCUAGCAGAUUUGGUGAAGACAUACACGAGUUACGAAAACGAGAAGGCGGAUACGGAUUCUAGAAUAUCUAAAUUAAGCGUAGAUAGCGAUGAAACUGGUGGUAGUAAUGGUGAUUCUGACAAUGAAGAAACUCCCCUAGAAAGUCUUAAGAUGGCUAAAACUGUGGUCGAACGAAUAUUGACUGCGGUCGAUGAAAUAAUGGCGUUAGAAAAUAUAUCGGAUUGUCCGUUUAACCUCAACCUGCUGUACCAAGGUCGUUUACUCCGCCAGAAUGAGUUCUAUGCGAUGGACAACGCUCGUCGGCGGAGACAGCUGAUGAGGGUCUUCCUUUUCGAUAAGCUGGUACUCAUCACAGCAGUAUAUCGAAAGCAACCAAGAGUAGAACACUUCAUAUACAAAGACCACAUACCAGUCGACGACCUGGGCAUCACGGCGAAAGAGCAAGACCAGCAUAAAUUCACAAUAUGGUACAAAAACCGAAACCUGAAAUCGUACAAGAUGGAGACUACGGAUACCGCUGUGAGGAACGCGUGGGUGGAAGAAAUCACAUCCUUGUUGUGGGAGCAAGCGAUGCAGAAGAAAGAACUCCUUCUGCAGCAACGCAAAAAGAGAAUAUCUAUGGCAUCCAUGGAUGGACAAAAGUUGGGGGAAGAUGAGAAAAAUGACGAUAAAUAUAACUCUCUCCGUGGAGUACCGGGAGAAGUCAGAAGGAUAAUGGAGAAGAAGGACAGAAGAACGACUUGGUAUUGUGAAUGAACCAAUCACCGCGAAAAAUUCAAUGUAUUUAAGUAAAAUAAAAAGAAACAUUUAAAUUGACCUUACCUACCGGAAAAUGAUAUAGAUAAAAAAGUCAUUUAAAUAAUUUUAGGGUAAAAAGAAUAUAUUUUGUUAUGAAGUCAUUAAUUACGAUAGAGUUAUUAUUUUACUUGUUAAAUCUGUAAUAAAGUUUUAUGAUAAUUGAAAUUUUUAUAGACGGAUUUCACUUUAGUGGGUUUCGGUGGAAUGUAGGUAUAAAAUAUGUUAUCUGGAACAUUGUAGAAGUAUGAAAUAUAUCGUUGAUCAUGAACAAUGUAUGUAAAUAUCAUUCGACUAGUUUUUUAUAGUGAAAUUCAAAUAGUUUUUUCUGUGAACAGUAUGCAGAAAUAAUCAAAUUAGGUCAUGUUCUAGUGGUUUAAAAUAGCGUUGUUUGUAUAAAACAUUUAAGAUAUGUUUUAUAUAUGAAUUACUAGCUGAAACAAUAUAAGCACCCAAACAUUAAUUUAUGCUUCUUCUACAGUUCGUUUUAUUGUGGAAUCGUAUUUGAUGUCGAAUUUCCUUCUUCGAAAAGAUUUUGAAUAGUCUAAUUCUGCUGCUUAAAAUGCUACCAAUUGUAAAAGGGAUAUUCAAGUAAUUUUGAUUCUGACAAAAUACUAAAAACAUUAAGUUUCCGCUUCGAAUUCAUUGAGGUCGACUAACAGAGAGUAUUUUUAUUCAGUUACGUUUACUUAAACGACAAAAGUAGAGAGAGUACGUAGAGUUACAUAGUUUAAUAUUGGUUUUAAUAAAUUAAUGUGAACCCAAUAGCAAUUUGUUUCUUCGUAAAGUAGACUACAGGGAUAAUGACUUAUUUUAUUUGUUCAUCUAUCAGGUAGAUAAUCAAAAAUUAUUGGCCACGUAUUUUUUCUUUAUUCACAUAAUCAAAAAACAUUACAAACAUAUAUUUGUUUCUUAGAUUUUCACGCACAUCACUCAUUAAACAAAACCAGUUUCAACGGGUUAGAUAGGGUCAUUAUUCUGACAAUGCAUUCCUGCAAAGGCUGCGAAACGUCAAUAAAUAAAAUGCAAUCAGUGCAUCUAACCUGUUGAAACUUGAUUUGUUUAAUUACCAAGAUAUAUUGAUUUGAAAUGUCGCAUGACGUAACGUUCUCGUGCAAUUUUUCCUUAGAAGUGACGUCACGGCUUUAUGUUUGUAAUUUUUUUUAGUUAAUUGACGAAUGAAAAAUAAUUUUCUAUAUUUUUCGAUAAUCUAACUAACUGUUGGACUAAACAGAAUUUCGAUUAUGUCACCCCGGCAUCACCCAUAUUAUCCAUACACAGAAACACGCACUAAUAUUUUACAUAUCAAAUCUAGCCAAACCUAAUAAAUAUAUGGUCAUACUUGUAGGCAUAUUCACUAAUUGCUUUUGACAGAUAAAAGUGAUAAUCACUGAGCAAUUUAGUGAUCCAUUACUGCUUUAUUAUAACGCCACUAAGAUACUUGUUCUCGAAAGCAUCGAUGGAUAUGCAAUUAUCUCUUUAUUUGCACACUGUAAAUGUCAAAAAAGUUAGCAGAUAGGCUGGCAGGUUAUACACAGAGAUAUCUAUAAAUUUCAAAGUAUAACAUAUGACAAUAUAAACUUAAAUUAAAUUGACGUCUCAUUGUCAUUCGAUGUUUCAAUUUCAAUUAAGUGGUCACCAUUUUUUUUUAAUGAUAGACAUGGUCUUACUUCUUCUUUCUUUCUUCAUUGGAAAGUAAAUGAGAAUGAAAAAAUAAAUAAAAAAAAAGUUAUUCAGAUUACGAUAAGUAUUUAAUAAAAUUAAGUUAUUCAGUCGCUAUCCAAAGAAGGCAAUGAAAUGGUUAAAAAAAUAAGUUGUAAAUAUGAUUUGUAAUUUAUUUUGUUGUGAGAACAGUUAUUUUUUAUUUUAAAUUAAUCAUAAUUAAAAGAGAAUUUACUUUAAUGCGUUGACUGUUUAAGUAGUUAUGAUAAAGUAAAUUUCAAGAAAAAAAUCAAAACGUUAUUCAAUAAUAAAACAAACAGAGAAAACAUUGGUAUAGCGUUUCAAAUAAAUGUGUUUUUCUUUAAGAUAAAAUACCAAAGUAAUGUGGAUUUUUCGGUAUUAUGAAAUUGUAAUGAUGAUUUUAAAUGUGAUAUGAUAGAAAAACAAAGAUUAUUUCAAAGAAUAGUAUUAAAAUUUUAAAAUUCAGUCAUAAAUGUAUUUAAAUUAAAUUGUAUUUUCCCAAAACUUAAUUAAUAAUUUGUAAAUAAGUAUUAUUGUAAUUUUAGUAACCAGUUUGCUCAGCUGCAAACGAUUCAAAGUUUUUAUUGAAUAUAAAAUUGUUUAUUAUGAGUAUUUGUUUUGAUUAUGUUAGGUACAUCCUUUUAUUAAAUACAAGUGGCCCGCUAUGUAGUGUAGUCUAUAGUUUUUGUUCAAAGGCUUGUAUUAUACACAAUGCCUUUCACCACAAUAAUUAUAAACCUUCCAUUCCAAGUACAAAAAUUGUUGCGUAGUUUAGGACCCGUUGUACCAAAUGCACCGUUGUUCUGCUAUUCCUAUUUCAAAAAUUCUUUUUGUAUUUAAUAGUGCAUUUAUCGAGGACGGUUAUAAUAGGCUAUAUAACAUCAGGCUACGACCAGUAGCAGCGAAACACCAAUGAAAAUGUUGCAAAUACGACUAAAAAUAUUUAAUUUGGGAGAUUCCGUUGCUUGCGCUGGGUUGUUUCCUUUUAAAAAUUCUGUAUUAUAGUCCGCGACAGCAUAAUAUGUCCAUAUUUUAAGUUCGACUCACUAUAACCUUUUUCUUCAAAUUAACGCGGGUGAAACCGCAGGGGACCUCUAGUUGUGUCAUAGCUGUGAUAGUUAGACAUAUGGAAUCGCAGACUUUUUUGUAGAUAUAUCUCUUCUCUUCUCUCUCUCUUCUUUCUUCUUCUUUAAAACUUUAGUACAACACUUUGCUCUAUUGUCAAUGACUUCCACAGCGUACGUGAUAUAAGGUUUGUUUGGUAUUUUUUACACACGUUGGGUUACAUUAUCGAAGUUCUCAUACGGUACCCUAACUUAAAAAAAAAAACAAUCAAUAGCCAACGUUUAUCACGGAUAAUGAAGAAUUCUAAAUGUGAAAGAAUUUCUCGAAUCGGUUCAGUAGUUUCGGAGCCAAUUCAAUAUAAACUAACAAACAAUCAAAUCUUUCCUCUUUAUAAUAUUAGUAUAGACAAUGUUCUAUUCUAUUUCUUUCAUCGAGAAGCUAUUGGUUUCCUAAAGAGUAAUUUACAAUUUCUUACAGUAGCUUCCGUUUCAUUACUAUUACCUAUUUGCUACGUCUGUCAUUUUAAAUGUUUUCAAUAAUUACUGAAUGGACUUUCAUAUGACGACCUCCUUGGCAUGGGUUUAUACGCCGGGUUUC